GGAGGGGGACACAAAAUGGCGCUGCCCCUCAGCCCCUCGCCCUCAGCCCGCGGCGGGGCCGUGUGGCGGCGGGCCGGCCCCGGGGUGGCGGCGGCGGCUCCCGGCCGGCGGAACCGCCGCCUUCCUUCCCCCAGCAGGUGGCACCGGGGUCCCGGCGCCGGCGGCGAAGCCAUUGCGGGCCGCCCUUCGCCGCCGGGCCGCGGCCGCGCAGCCGGCGGGGGGGAAGGCGGCGGCAUCGCCCCCGCGGGGCUCCCCCCGCCGCACCCCGCUUUCCCUCAAAGUUCGGGGCGGGAGCGGGGGGGAGAGCGGAGCCAACUUGUCCCGGAUCCCUUUAUUCGCCGCCGGAGCCGCCGUGUCUCCCAACCCCCGCGUGUGUUGCUGAUCGGAGGGACGGAGCUCGGUCCUGUGUCCGCCCCGCUCCUUCCUGCCCGCACCAUGGAGUUCGCCCAGAGGAAGAGGAGCAGGAAAUCCCAAAGCUUUAAACUGGUCAACGAAGAUUACCAUCAUGAGAUAUAUAAGAUCUCUGACUACAGCAAUGAUGUUAAUGGGGAGACCAAAGAAACACAACCAGUUUUUUUAGGAGAUGAAAGCCGGGAAAUUAAAAAACAAAUUACAGGGAUGAGAAGAUUACUGAAUGACAGCACUGGAAGAAUCUAUCAACGAGUUGGCAAAGAAGGAGAAAAACUGAAGGAGGAGCCCCAAGAUUUAGACUUAGCCUGGGCCCAGCGCCUGAAUCCCCCUGCAGAGUCCCAGGCGAGCCUUCAUCCUUCCCAGAGCAGCGCAUGGAAUGAAUUAUCACCCCAAGCCAGCCAUUUUUCAGGGCAAUACGGAACUCGAUCCAAAACGUUCCAAAAUCAGACUCGAACUGUGGCAUCCAAUGGAGAAAUCCCAAUGGUGAAUUCAUCAGUUGGACCAAACUGCUGUACAUGUAAUUGCCAGUCCACCCUGCAAGCGAUUCUUCAAGAGCUCAAGACCAUGCGAAAAUUGAUGCAGAUUCAGACAGUUGGGACUCAAAACAGACAGCAGCCUCCUGUUCCUCUGAUUUGUGCACAAAAGUCAACAAUAUCAAGAAAGAGAAAUAAAAAGAGAAAACUGCCCCUCAAAACUAUUGAACCAGUUGCAAUGAGUAAGAAACCCAGCGCUGCAGAGAAUGAAAAGAAGCUUUCAGCAAACUCAGAACGACUGAGUCUGCAAGCGAUUGAACCCGCCCCAAAACCAGAAGGCCCCGUUUCAGGAUUUGGAAUUAUCCUUGAAUCGGCUUCAUCAGAUCCAGAAGUGCAACUUGCAGAAGGCUUUGAUGUCUUCAUGCCAAAAUCUCAGCUGGACUCUAUACUAUCAAACUACACUCGCUCAGGAAGUCUGCUCUUUAGGAAGCUGGUCUGUGCAUUUUUUGAUGACAAGACUUUGGCUAACUCUUUACCAAAUGGCAAAAGGAAAAGAGGGCUCAAUGACAACCGGAAAGGACUAGACCAAAAUAUUGUGGGUGCAAUAAAAGUCUUUACAGAAAAAUACUGCACUGCUAACCAUGUGGAUAAACUUCCUGGUCCUAGGGACUGGGUCCAGAUUCUUCAGGAUCAAAUUAAACUGGCAAGAAGACGAUUAAAAAGAGGCUCAGCAGAGGCAACUGACUGUGAUGAGAAGCCGGACAUUUCUCUACUACAAACAGGUAACCUUUUCGACACCACAACAGAUCAUCUGCUAGAUGCAAACCCAGAUUUUUCAGUUUGAAUUUCACAUCAGUGUUCUUAGCGGAUAGAAACACCCUCUCCUGUCAAUAACAUUCUCGCAAGCUCGGCAUGAGAACUUCAGCAUACUGGAGGAUAUGGACAUCCAUACAGUUUUCCUUACAAGUUUGUGUUGUUUCCAUGCGUUUUCCGUGUAAAACCGCCAGAUUGCUUCACUGUUCUCCAUCUUAAUUAAAGGUGAUUUCCCUCCAUAUCCAAUGCAUUACUGAAUUAGCGGGGCAUCCACUCUGAAGUUGUUCUCUUGCCUUUUUUUUUUCCUCCAUGAUUGUAUUUUUCCACAUGAUUGUAUGCUUGCCAGCAGUGUUUCAUCCUAAGCCACGCAGAAGUGGUGACUCUUCCUGCCCCCAGGGACCAGGGUAGCAUCUCUCUCCAUCGUGAACCCUGGGGUCUUGAUGAGCACUUGAUUUGCCGAAGCCCUUUGCUUCUGCAGACCCACUUUUCCUUUCCUGGCUGCUGCGGUACCAAUGACCAGUCAUACACAGCUGUGAUUAAAAAGUCCUUGCUGGAUUUAGGUGGAAAUAAAGCCAGAUUCCUCCUAGCAGUCUCCUAGUUACAGCAAGGAGAAGCUAUUCCUCAAUUUCCCCUACAUGGUCCUUGUGCAGUGGCUCUCGAGCAUCUUUGUAGAGCAGAUUGCUGGAGGUGGUCAUUCUCCCUUCACUGUUCCCCCCAGCUUGCCCUAUCACCUCAAUCUCAAAAUGUGUUCAUUUUUCAAUUUCCAGGAAGCGAGUCUGCUCACUGUGAUUUUUCAGCCACUUCCCUUGGUGACAAUAUUCACCUGUUUUUAAAAAAAAAGUCACCUUUCGACUGGCACUGUGUUGAUAUCUCAGCAGCUGAGUGAAUCGAUCAAGAAAUUGCACUACCCUCUUAGACGUGGAAAGGGUCGGUCCUUUCAGGUCAGGGCUGAGGUAAAACUGUACACAGCCCUCCAUGCGAACCUUCACUUCUGCACCUUUCAUCAGCACUAAAUUCACUUUAAAAAUGUUGGGAAAAAAUCUAGACAGUUUUGCCUGCAACACCUGUCGAUCACCAGGUAGUUUGAGCAUGUUUGCUGGAAUUCGAGGGACAGCGUGCUAGAGCCUUUACCAUUGUGUUUCCUUUCCCUGUGUGUAUCUUAGGUACAUUUGUUUUUUUGGAAACUAUUUGGCCUUUUGAGUGUCUCAACAGAAGUGCUAUUACAAAGUGGGAUGGUUUUCAAAAUACUUAAUCUUUUUUUUUUUAACAACCCUAAAGCUCAUUUCUCGGAUGUUGUAGAAUACCCACAAAUAACACUGAAGCCAACGGGAAUGGUUUGUUCUCUUGGCACCUGAGAAACCAGGCUCCCAGCCCUUCCCCACCCACCUUCCAUGGACUUUUAGGAAUGACCAUAUUCUCUCUGAAACUGUGGAAUAGAUUGAAUGUGCACUGCAAACCUUAAAUUUUGAGUCUUUCCUUCCUUCGUGGCUUGGAAUUGCCUGCAUUGGGCAGGGGGCUCCAGUCCGUCGUGUCCGUAUCGUAACCCUUCAGCAAGGAAAUCAGCAUUUUGUAAAUUUGGAAGAUUGCAUUUGUGUUUACUUACUGUGACUACUGUUCAGACUUUCUUCAGAAAUCUUUUUAUAGGGUUUAUUAGAGAGAAGAAAAAAAAAAUCAUUCCAUAUUUAGGUAAAAAUGUCUCAAUCUUCUGUAUAUAUGUUUUAUUAAUAUGUAAAUAUUUAGAUAUUUUUAAAUUACUAUGUUCUUAAUAAAGCGACAAGGGACUAGUUGUGAAAUGGUGUAUAACAUUGUGUUGUGUUGCCGAUCUCUGGGAAAUCCUCUUUGUCAGUUCAGAAAAGAAAACCUACAAUAAAUAACUUUAAUUGC